AUGAAAAUUCUUUCGGACGAAGAGAAAAAUGCUCAUUGGAAUGCAGUUUUAUACGAAGGUACUAAAGGAUGUGUUGUUGGAGCUGGUGUUGCAUUUGGUUUAGUUACCUACAUGAAAAAGAGACAUGCAGUAAACUAUGCCAGAAUGAAUACCUCUGUCAAAAGUGCUUUAUGGGCAAUGCCAGUUAUUACUGUCGGUGCUUUCUAUGCAGAUGAAGGAUCCGUUAAAUUCGAUGAGGAAUGGCAUAGAUCUUCUUAUUUGAAGCAAAAGGAAGAUGAGGAAUUGAAUAAAUGGAACCAAUUGGCAUGGUCAGAUAAAUUAUUCUACAAGGUUAAUAACAACAAAUACAGUCUUAUUAUUGGUGCAUGGGCAGCUUCGCUUUAUGGUUCAUGGAAGAUUGUUAACAAGGACAAGUACAUGACUAGCGCCCAGAAGGCAGUUCAAGCGAGAGUUUAUGCACAAGCAAUUACUGUUGUUUUGUUGCUUGGUACCAUCUUGAUGAGUUUGCAUGAACAAGAAUUGAAGAAGAAAGAGCCUGCACCUGUUCCAGAAUGGAAAAAGUAUUUGCUAGAACAAAAUGAAAAGAAAAAGGAGCAAGAUACUAGUGCUACUCCAUCUACAUAA